GCGGGAGCGGCGGCGGGGCAGCGCCCGCCGGGCCGUCACCGGCACCGCCACUCGCCAGCCGGGCGCGGCGCAGGAGGCGCGGGCGGAGCGGCGGAGCGCCCCGAGGGCAGGAAGCUGCAAGUGAAGAAGUUGAACGUUUGCUUCAGCUGAAGAGACUGUUUCCCAAGUCUGAGCAGGAAAAGGUGAAAAAGAGAACUGGAGGAUGUUGCUGGUAGGUAUGAGCGUGACAGGAAGCCACGACUAGCAGUGUGAUUGUCAACAGGAAACCAGAACUCCCAGCUGCGGUGAUGCUGCCCUACAAUACGCUUUCUGCGGCCUGCGGCCUGCUGGACUCUCUGGCCUGGAGAGCAGUGUCUGUCAUCGAAGAUACUCUCCUGGUCCUUCACCUGCUGGAGUCUGAAUUAUUCUGCAUCUGGUUAAUCUGCUCUACUGGAGUUGGCAAGCUGUAAUAUUUUUUUCCCUUGACACCCUCUACUGUAAAGAUCUUGAACAGCCAUGGGGAGAAAAGAGUCCAUGUGAGCAACCUUCAGCAGCUGGCAGCUGAGUCCUCUUCAGACUCCAGGCAGCUUAGAGGUGUCUUGGCCGUUUGGUGCUCUGCAGAUAUGAACGCUGAGCUUUUCUGGCACGUUCUCACGUUGGCCUGGUCACUCUCACCAUGCUAGUACAUGGGAAAGAAGACUUCCUUUCAGACAUAGCUUACAUCAUCCUGGAACUGGUCAUUGCGGUGCUGGCCAUCCUGGGCAACAUCCUGGUCUGCUGGGCGGUCUACCUGAACAGCAACUUGCAGAACGUCACUAACUAUUUUGUAGUGUCCCUGGCUGCUGCUGACAUUGCUGUGGGUGUGCUGGCAAUCCCCUUUGCCAUCACCAUCAGUACUGGCUUCUGUGCCUUCUUCUAUGGCUGCCUUUUCAUUGCCUGUUUUGUCCUGGUCUUGACUCAGAGUUCGAUCUUCAGCCUUCUCGCCAUUGCCAUUGACAGGAUCAUCGCCAUCCGCAUACCCCUCAGGUACAAUGGCUUGGUGACUGGCUCUAGAGCCAAAGGCAUCAUUGCCAUCUGCUGGGUAUUGUCUUUCAUCAUUGGCUUGACACCAAUGCUCGGGUGGCACAAGCGUGCCCAGGUCGAAGAGCUGGGUUCCAACAGGUCCUCUCCCAUCAACUGCAGCAACAGCAUGGUGGUAUGUCUCUUUGAGGCUGUGGUCACCAUGGAGUACAUGGUCUACUACAACUUCUUUGCCUGCGUGCUCUUGCCCCUCCUCCUCAUGUUUGGUAUCUACUUGAAGAUCUUCAUGGCAGCCCGGCGUCAGCUGAAGCAGAUGGAGAACAAGAUGGUCCACGGUGAACGUUCCCGUUCCACCUUGCAGAAGGAGGUCCACGCAGCCAAGUCUUUAGCCAUCAUUGUUGGGUUGUUUGCAGUCUGCUGGCUUCCACUACAUAUAAUUAACUGCUUUACCCUUUUUUGCCCAAACUGUGCCCACGCUCCCCUCUGGCUGAUGUACCUGGCCAUCAUCCUGUCUCACGCCAACUCGGUCGUGAAUCCUCUAAUUUAUGCCUACCGGAUCAGGGAGUUCCGCUACACCUUCCGCAAAAUCAUCAGCCAGCACAUCCUGGGCCGCAAGGAGCCCUUCAAGGCAGGAGCAGCCAGCUCCAGGACUUCCACUCAUGGUGGGGACCUGGAGAAUGCCAGCAUACGGAUCAGUGAGUACGCACUGGAGCUGUACACCAAUGGAGAGAUCCACAGGGAUCCAGAAAAGCAGGACUUAAACAAAUGCAAAGCUGCCUUGGAAUGGCACCAGAAUGGAAAUACUCUGGAUGUGGAGACAAAUGGGCAUCUCCCACACUCCUGCAAAAAUGGGAUUCUCUCAGAUGCCUGCAGGACCAGGGAGCUUCACAGCGAAGAGCUCAUUGAUGCCCAACUGUCUUACUCAGAGCUGGAGAGAGCAGCCUUCGCAGCAGCUGAUGUGUCUUGAUGAGACUCUCCAAGUCUUCCUGGUAGAAUCCUUGUUUGAUUUCAUUGGUGACCUCUGCUGUGUCAGAAAAGGAGGCUGGGGGGUGGGGGGAGAAGUGUGAAUCCAGAUCACUGUGGAGAAGUGGGUCCCUACCCAGGACUGUUGGGAUGAUCCUAAAUCCAAGUCUGGAGAAAAGCCAAGAGACCACUGAAAGGACUAAGGAAGGAGGGACAUGUUACCCACCAGGGACCUGUCACCAAGAGCAGUGCGAAGGUCAAAGGUGGCAUUCCAAGUUCAGCACUGGUUGACCUGCUGAUGCAGGCGUAUCACCACACUGCGCUGUGCCCAUGUGUGGGGCUCGCUGCCUACCCGCAAGAACAAAAGCAUGGCUGGAAGAAUUCCCUGAGCUGCAUGGAGCAGCAGGGAAGGGGCCUCUCAGUACUUCGGCCCUGCAACAAACAGGGGGAUGAUAGCAACAUCUAUUGGUCAGGAUGGAUGCCAGCAGCUGCUUGGAGAGGGAAGGAAUUUACCUUUGGAUACCUUCAACCCUGGCAUUUUGUCUUUCAGUUCAUGGUUUUAAAGCUUAUCCUGCAGUGAGUUGCUGGAAUGAGUUUUGUGUCUGGAUGAGUUCAUGUUAAGUUAUAAAAGAUGGGCAAGAGCUCAGAUCCACUCUCUGAGAGCUCACUGCUCCAGGUGCACAGGGCAAAUGUAACCUAAAGGUGUCCACUUUGUCCUAUGGAUUUGCCUCAGCAAAAGGGCCGUUAGCAGGACUUGGUGCCAGGCUUUGGUUUGUUUCACCUGGGCGUUCAUGCCCCAAGGUGCUGUGAAGGGCUGUGUGAGCUAUCCGUAUGCUUGUGGGCACUGCCUGCUCUUUCUCCCUGUCUCUGUGCUUGUUCUCCUGUGCUCCUAGAAUGCAAAUUCAUUCCAUGGCCCCACAUCUGUGUGAGAGGAGCUGAUUAUCUGUAUUUUGGUCAUACUGAUUCUCACUCAAAAGGCUCUGGGAUUUUCUUCUUUCUUAGUGUGGGGAGGAGCACCCCCACACCUAACCCUUGAUGUGGAACUGCAGUGAGCUUUCUUCAAGCUCCUUUUCUCUGGUGAUUGCAGGGUUUUUCCUGAUGUGCUUUACUGUGGAGCCUGAUGUGUCCCUGCAGUGCAGAGACCAGGGGAGCUGGGUCUGUCUGGUUAGCAGAUGCUCUGAGAAGCUGAGAGGUGGCAAUGACAGCAGUUAGCUUAGAAACUGCAGCAGGCUGUGUCAGAGAACAGGCAAAUCUGUGCUGCAGCCACUAAUAUUUGUUGUAGAGGUGUUUCACAGCAGCUUGGUAAUUUUCUGUGUCACUUAUGAAGCCUGAUGGCUCGAGGACUGCAGAAUGGCAA